GAAGCGCUGGGUUCCGCCUCCGCGGUGGUGGGGAAGGAGGUGCUUGGGUCUCUCUGACCGGCCGCCCACCGCCGGCUUGCCUAAAUGCGCUCGUGGAAGACGCGAGUUGAGGACGUGGUUCACACGCAGUAGUACUUUUCCAGGACGGGGAGAAUGACGCGAUUCGUUUCAAGAAUCUGACGAAAGCUUGGCUGUUUGGAAAUCUGAAUGUCACUGCCCUGUUUGAAGCUGACUACACGACCUUUUUUGCAAACACCCUCCUUGAUUGUUCAGCCUUUGCGUUUCGUCAUGGAUCUGAAAGACCUUGUUACCUCCUUAAACAAUUUUGCUUCGCUUUCCCUGGCUGAAAGUUGGGAUAAUGUGGGGCUCUUGAUUGAGCCAAGUCCUCCUCAUAUUGUCAAUACCCUUUUUCUCACCAAUGAUUUAACUGAGGAUGUGAUGCAGGAAGUCCUAGAGAAGAAAGCAAAUCUCAUUCUUUCUUAUCACCCACCCAUUUUCCACCCACUGAAACGUAUAACAUGGAAAACAUGGAAGGAGCGUUUGGUAAUCCGAGCCUUGGAAAAUAGAGUUGGCGUUUAUUCUCCUCACACGACAUAUGAUGCUAUACCUAAUGGAGUCAAUGACUGGCUUGCUACAGGACUGGGGGCUUGUACUGCUGUUCCUUUGAAACCGGCUACAGCUUCCACUUACCCUGUAGGUGGGCCUUUCCGGGUUGAAUUCACUGUAUCCCCUGCUGAAAGUCUGGAAACAGUUUUAUCCCAAGUCCAUGCAAUGCCAGAGGUGUCACUCAUCGCAACUCAACCUGCCAGGAUUGAAGGAGAAGAACAAACACGUGUCAGCUUGAACUGUUCUCGGCUCGCUUUGUUGCAAGUAGUGGCCUUGCUUUCCCAGAAGAGCCUGCUGUAUCAAACAACUGAAAUCAUAUCACUAGAGAAGCCUCUGCUUGCCGAUACUGGAAUGGGACGUUUAUGCACAUUGCACGAACCAGCCUCUGUUUCUGUCUUGAUUGAACGAUUGAAAAGUCACUUAAAAUUGUCUCAUAUUCGUCUAGCUCUUGGAGCAGGGAAAUCACUGGAAUCCUCAGUGAAGGUGGUUGCUCUUUGUGCUGGUUCAGGAGCAAGUAUUUUACAAGACACAGAAAGUGAUCUCUAUGUUACUGGAGAGAUGUCCCACCAUGAGGUACUUGGUGCUGUUUCCAGAGGGAUCUCUGUAAUUUUGUGCGAGCACAGUAACACUGAACGAGGCUUUUUGUUAAAACUGCAACAAAUGCUGGCUGUGUAUUUUAUGAAUAAGAUCAAUAUCAUCGUUUCUGAAAGAGAUAGAGACCCUCUUCAAGUUGUGUAAAAGAAGCAAACUUUGAGAAAUAAUACCACUGGCUUUGGGCCAACUGUGACUAUAAAUGCGCCCUCCAGCCAGAGAGACUGGCAUCAAUAGUGAUUACUGUUCGGGACGGCUCUCUGAAUAAUUGACCUGCAUUCAAAGCCUGAGAAAACCACCAUGACAAGGACCGCUUGACAGACCCAGGGACUGAGACCUUGAGAGAUGAGUGACUUUUACCCGCCUUUUGGUUGGGCAACAGAAACCACUGAAGCUUUCUGGAGUGUAGUCUAGCCCAAGGCACGAUGGAGAUGCAAGAAAUCAUCUUUUCUAAGAGUUGAGAGAGAAGUGCCAAGGGGGACUUACCCGCUCUCACGACCUCCCCCACCAUGUUUUGUAAACUGUCUUUGCAUUCCUGUGAGA